AUGAGAUUUUCUUCAAUUUUUACCGCAGUUUUAUUUGGGGCUUCUUCCACCUUAGCCGCCCCAGUCAAUACCACUACCGAAGACGAAACGGCUCACAUUCCGGCUGAAGCCAUCAUUGGUUACUUGGAUUUAGAAGGUGAUCGUGAUGUUGCUGUUUUGCCAUUUUCCAAUAGCACAAACAGUGGUUUGUUGUUCAUAAAUACUACUAUUGCUGAUAUUGCCACUAACGAAGAAGGCAUUUCAUUAAACAAAAGAGAGGCAGAAGCCUGGCAUUGGUUGCAGUUGAAACCUGGUCAGCCAAUGUACAAGAGAGAAGCCGACGCUGAGGCCUGGCAUUGGUUACAGUUGAAACCUGGUCAGCCAAUGUACAAGAGAGAAGCCGAUGCUGAGGCCUGGCAUUGGUUACAGUUGAAACCUGGCCAACCGAUGUACUAG